AUGAGCAGCAAAAGGAGGUGUUUGGGAUUUCUUUUCCCUUCGGAUGCGGCUAAACUUGGCUGUUUUCAGACUUCUCCUUCAAACUUUUUUUUAUUUCAAAGCCAUUCAGCGAAGGACAUUCUUUCUCCCCUGGCAUCGAGCCCAGCUUCCAUUCCCCAACCCCUCCUACAUGACACACACUCUGUUUGGGCAACUGAGACCUUUGGUUUCCUUGGCCUUAUUCCCGAGGGUUGGUUUUCUUUUGUUUGUGAAGAAAGCCUCCCUAAUCCCUUCUCUGUUUAUAUCCCUGUGAAAAAAUCACACCACCUCCUGGGCGACUCUCUGUCUUUCACCACUAAAGCAGUACCAUCUGUCUAUGAGGAAAGGUAAGCCUCCGUUUUCCCCCUUUUGUCCGUCUAAAUAACGCAGCAGCUUUUCAGAAAACAAGUGCCUGUUUUUCUCCGAAAGUCGAUUAGGGCUCCAGGUUUGGGAACUUGUUGAAACAGGGCGGAGCCGAGCAGAGCAGGAAGGGGGAAAGGCAACGCUUCAAUCUGGAAUUGUUGUUAAAAGUUUGGGAGGAAAGUUUGCCUUUGAAAGCUGCAAAAGCAAAGAGGAACGAGGUGCCUGAACUUCUAAUGUGAGGUGGACAUUUUUCGACUACUCUUUAACGAGGAGUGACUUGAAAUAUUCAGGGGUGCAAUUUUGGCUGACUGGCUGUUCAGAUCCUCCCGGCAGGGCCAGUCCCCGCCAUGAGGCAAGGUGAGGUGACCGCCUCAGGCGGCAGGACCCACGGGGCAGCAGACCCAGCCUCCAAGGAAUGCAUCACCUGUUAGUGCUGCCAAUCCAUGCGCGCCUUGGAGGCUGGUUCUGCCGCCUCCUUGGCACCUCGUUCUAGAUGCUGUCUCUACAGCAGCCUCUUGGCAAAUAGGAGGUGCUGCUGGUCUCCCCCCAGCCCAGAAACUGCUCUCUGGGGUCUCCUGGGGUCUGACAUGAUUCGAAGCGGGCCUUUGAUUCCCACUUCAAAUGCCCUAGCCCCAUUUCAGGGAUUCGGAUGAAAUCGUGGCAAGCCCCUGGAUUCCUUUAACGGAAUUCCCUUCCGCACCAGCAUUGGAGGGGCAGGCCCAGCCUUUCCUUCCCCCUUCUCCAACCAAUGUAUAACCAAUGCCUAACCUCAACCUUACAAGUUGUGACGAUUUGCUACGUAGUAGGCGAAAACCAAACGGCACAGCCAAUCAGCCAUGUGGACAAAAUUCCUACCAGGUGCCUGCCCCAACGGCAGAUGACCCCAUGACAGGCAUAGCAAGGUCAACCAAAACACCCUGAACUCAGGGCGGGCUGGCGGGUGAUCUGAUGCACUCAGCGAAAGAGAAAGCAAAAAGUUGAGUGCCCCAGUAUUUAAAACCUUCGAUCCCACCCACCACAUUGCAACAUGCAAUUUGCUCCAGCAACCCAGCCUUCCAAUCAAAUGCCCUAGAUCAGCAUAUUUAACCCUGCCUGGCAACAGAGGGAUGGCUCGGCGGACUCCACUGCAACAUGUGCUCUCAUUUCAGGGAGAACACGCUUUGUGCAUUGGUAUGGGAGAGCAGGCUUUGGGUGGUAAAGCCAACAUUUUCGGCUCUUGGCGAGAAUAAAUGAGCACCAGUAGCCAUAUGCAUGUCUGCUCAGCUGCCCCCAUACUAUAACACCUUUAAAAUGAAAAUAGAUGGCCAAAAUAAACUCUGGAGGGGUGGGGGCAGAGCAUGGCCACAAUGGCCUAAGUGCUGGCAUUGGGUCUGUUUGCCACUGGCCCCAUCAUCUGUCCCUCUCUGGAUGGUCAUUUGGAGACUUUGACCACCAAAAUUCAGCCAUAGCUCCACUUCUUCCCCCUCCUGCAUUUUAUUCGGCUAAGUGUCUUGCAGGUGGUCCUCUCGUCUUCUCUUAUUUUGA